AUGGAACUCCAUAAAGACAUCUUUGUCUUUCACUCUCACUUUGCUUUUGAACUUUCCUUCAAUUUCCACUUUGUUGUCACCCAACCCCACUCCACUGUAAUUCACUUUUUCAAUUUUGGGCUGGCCAAUACUAUUCCACACUUCUUUAUUGACAACAUUUAUUUGCGAUGCAGUAUCGACAAUCAUUUCAAUAUUCACUUCUCCAAACUUCACUCGUUGUUUAAUCCACUCUUCUUUUUCUACACUUUGCAAUGGAUCGAAGAUAUCCAGAAUUGCGCAAUAUGGAGCACCUGA